AUGGCUUUGCUCCGGCUCCUUCUCCUCUUGUUCCUCGCCCAGCGGGGGCUCGGGGCUGCCGCCGGCCAAGGGCAGCCGGUGCGCGACCGGGAGCGGGCGCUCAGAGGGAGGCAGCCUAUUUACAACCACAUCAAGAGCCGGGAGCCUCCGCCGGCCCCGCGGAGCCGCUCUACGGAGAGCACCAUCUUGGCGCAGCGGCUCGCCGAGGAGGUGCCCCAGGACGUGGCUUCGUUCCUCUACACGGGCGACUCCCGGGAGCUGCGGCGUGCCAACUGCUCCGGGCGGUACGAGCUGGCCAGCCUCGCCGGCAAGUCGCGAUUCACCUCGCACCCCUCCCUGCACGGGGCCCUGGACACCCUCACCCACGCCACCAACUUCCUCAACAUGAUCCUCCAGAGCAAUAAGUCGCGGGAGCAGAACUUGCAGGAGGACCUGGAGUGGUACCGCGCCUUGAUCAGGAGCCUCCUGGAGGGGGACCCCAACAUCUCCAGGGCAGCUAUCACUUUCAGCACGGAGCCUUUCUCCUCCACCCCCCAGGUUUUCCUCCAGGCCAGUAGGCACGAGAGCCAAGUCCUCCUGCAGGACUUGUCCUCCUCGGCUCACCGCCUGGCCAACGCCUCUGUGGAGACAGAGUGGUUCCACAGCUUGAGGCGCAAGUGGCGGCCACAUCUGCACAGGAAGGUCUUAAACACGGGCCCCAAAACUUUGGAGAACAGCUGGAAGAGGCGGGAGAGCUUCACUGCUGAUAAGAACCACAUCAGGUGGUCGUCGCCUUACCUGGAGUGUGAGAAUGGGAAUUACAAACCUGGCUGGCUAGUGACUCUCUCAGCGGCUUUCUAUGGGCUGCGUCCAAACCUCCUCCCCGAGUUCAGAGGUGUUGUCAAAGUUGACAUCAAUCUGCAGAAGGUGGACAUUGACCAGUGUUCGAGUGAGGGGUGGUUCUCGGGGACGCACAGGUGUCAUCUCAACAAUUCUGAGUGCAUGCCAAUUAAAGGCCUUGGAUUUGUGCUCGGAGCCUACAAAUGUAUUUGCAAGGCUGGAUUCUACCAUCCCAACAUCUUGGUGAACAGCUUUCAGAGAAAGGAUGCAGAAAAUCGCUUUUCUGGCGGUGAGUUGUCGGAGGAAGUCUACACCUGCCUACCCUGCAGGGAAGGAUGUUCUUACUGUACAGAUGAUACUCCCUGCUAUGCACAGGAGGACAAGUAUUUACGGCUGGCUAUCAUCUCAUUCCAAACGCUCUGUAUGCUGCUGGACUUCAUAAGCAUGCUGGUAGUCUACCAUUUUCGCAAGGCAAAGAGUAUCAGGGCUUCAGGGCUGGUGCUGUUGGAAACCAUUCUUUUUGGAUCACUUCUUCUGUACUUCCCGGUUGUCAUUUUGUAUUUUGAGCCAAGUGUAUUUCGCUGUGUUCUCCUAAGAUGGGUUCGUCUUCUGGGCUUUGCUACUGUUUAUGGAACUGUGACACUCAAGCUGCACAGAGUUUUGAAGGUAUUCCUGUCCCGAACUGCUCAGCGUAUUCCAUACAUGACAGGUGGGCGAGUGAUGAGGAUGCUGGCUGUUAUGCUCCUGAUAGUCUUUUGGUUUCUUGUUGGCUGGACUUCUGCAAUAACCCAAAAUUUGGAGAGAAACAUUCCACUCAUUGGCCAAGGGCAAACAUCUGACCACCUGAUCUUCAAUAUGUGCCUCAUAGACCGCUGGGAUUACAUGAUGGCUGUUGCUGAAUUUUUAUUCCUCUUGUGGGGUGUUUAUCUCUGCUAUGCAGUGCGGACAGUCCCAUCAGCAUUUCAUGAGCCACGUUAUAUGGCUGUUGCAGUUCACAAUGAGCUCAUUAUCUCUGCUAUAUUCCAUACAAUUAGAUUCAUUCUUGCUUCAAGACUUCAGUCUGACUGGAUGUUGAUGCUGUUCUUUGCACACACACACUUGACUGUGACAGUCACUGUUGGGCUACUUCUGAUCCCUAAGUUUUCACAUUCAAGCAAUAACCCAAGAGAUGAUAUAGCUACAGAAGCUUAUGAAGAUGAGCUUGAUAUGGGUCGAUCUGGAUCCUAUCUGAACAGCAGUAUCAAUUCAGCAUGGAGUGAACAUAGUUUGGAUCCUGAAGAUAUUCGGGAUGAGUUGAAGAAGCUAUAUGCCCAGCUUGAAAUCUAUAAAAGGAAAAAGAUGAUUGCUAAUAACCCACAUCUCCAGAAAAAAAGGUGCUCUAAAAAGGGCUUGGGGCGCUCGAUAAUGCGACGUAUUACAGAAAUCCCUGAGACGGUCACCAGGCAGUGCUCCAGGGACGAGAAGGACCUGAUGGAGCACAGUGCUGUGAAGAACACAGCCACGCUGAGAAAAAAUCCACAGGAUUCCACGAGUUCUGCGAAGCCAAAAGAAGAGACUUUGAAAAACAGAGUCUUUUCAUUAAAAAAGUCGCACAGCACUUACGAUCAUGUUAGGGAUCAAACAGAAGAACCGAAUAGCUUAACUACAGAAAGCACAGAAGUAACAGCUGCUGAGAAUUCACUUCUAGAUUCCUUGAAUGGUAACAAAUUAACCAAAAAUGCUCCAGAAAAAGUUGAAGCUGUCUCCACUGAAUCGGUCCCUUUGGUGUGCAAAUCAGUAAGUGCACAUAACUUAAGUGCCGAUAAGAAGCCUCUGCAUCCAAGAACAUCUGUGUUACAAAAAUCCCUCAGUGUUAUUGCUAGUGCCAAGGAAAAGACUCUGGGACUAACAGGUAAAACACAAAGUCUAGAAGAAAGCACUAAAUCUCAUAAAUCUCAGCAGAAGGGUAAGGAGACCAGCAAAAAGCACUCAGUCUCUGAUAAAGGGGAGCACAAGGAUUCCCACCGGAAGAACUCUACCCACUCUGAGGAAACAAAGAAAACCCAUAAAUCUGGAAUUAUGAAACAGCAAAGGGUUAGUCAAACACCUGCAAAUCCAGACACAGGCCCAGGUAAGUCUCUGCACAAGGACAAUUUCGACAUAGGAGAAGUUUGUCCUUGGGAGAUAUAUGACCAAACUCCUGGUCCUGUGCCUUCUGACUCUAAAGUUCAAAAACAUGUGUCUAUUGCUUCCUCAGAGCAAGAGAAAAACCACCCUUCCCAGCCAAAGGGGAAGUCUCAUCAUAAGCUGAAGACACCUGAAGGAUAUCAACAGUCAAAUCAAAAGAGCUCAGAGAAGGUGGAGGCAGCCACUCGGGAGACACAAGAACAGCAGGUCUUUGAAAAUGAGAAAAAACAGUCGAAUUCCAAGUCUCAGGUCUCCCCUGGGCUGAAGUGUGAGAAUGCUAAUAGAUAUGCACCUAAUACCUGUGCUGGGGAGUGGGACGAGCUACCCCAGAAAGCAGCAGAAAAGGAAAACCUCAAUAAAUUGGCAGAACAGAAAAAAAAUGCCUCUUCCGAGGGAAAUGUGCUUUCAUCUGACUCCCAUAAGCCAAGUAGUUACUUACAGCAACCUUUAGCAUCUCGAGCUGAAGUCUGCCCUUGGGAGUAUGAUACACCAGAUUUACCAAAUGCAGAAAGAAGUGUAGCUUUAUCAAACACCUCUGCUAUAAGCGCAAAUAAAACAGCAACACCUCGAAAAUAA